AUGAGCGAUCCGGAGAUUAUUCCGCUCGGAGAGAGAGACUCUACGGUCCGCGGACAGAGAGCCGAACAGAGCCAGCGGCAGCGGGACGGUGUAGAGGAGCAGGCCGAUCUGAACAAGCUCCAGAGCCGCGAACGCAAGCCGCUGAUGCGCGAGAUUUCAGCGGCGCUUCUGCUGCUCGGCUUCGGGUUUCUGCUCUGGAUCCUGGUCCUGAUCUCAAACCAGCAGCUCAUGAUCAGCAGCAGCCCGAAACACUUCAGCUCCGUCCGCGCCAGGAAGCAUCUGGAACAGAUCACCAGCAUUGCGAGGACGGUCGGGAGCCCCGAGAACGAGAUCAGCACAGUCAAAUACCUGCAGGAUCAGAUCGAGCAGAUCCGCUCCGAGACUGACAGAGGACCUCACUCCAUCCUCGUGGACAUCCAGCGGCCCAGGGGCUGCUUCGGCAUCAGCUGCUACGACCGUGUGACCAACAUCGCCGUCAAACUCCAGCCGAAGACCGGCGCUCAGCACUUCAUGCUGGCUAACUGCCACUUUGACUCGGUGCCCGACAGCCCCGGAGCCAGUGAUGACGCCAUCGGCUGUUCAGUGAUGCUGGAGGUUUUACAUUCUCUAGCGAAUCUCUCCUCUCCUCUCAAACACGGCGUCAUCUUCCUGUUCAACGGAGCCGAGGAGAACGGCCUGCAGGGCAGUCACGGCUUCAUUACCCAGCAUCCCUGGGCUCAGCAGGUGCGAGCGUUUGUGAACCUGGAGGCGGCAGGAGUCGGAGGGAAGGAGCUGGUGUUUCAGACAGGUCCGGAGAACCCGUGGCUGAUCCAGGCUUACGCCCGAGCCGCCGUACACCCAUUCGCUACAGUGAUUGGUCAGGAGAUUUUCCAGAGCGGACUCAUUCCUUCAGACACAGACUUCAGCAUCUUCAGCCACUUCGGGAAUAUUCCUGGAAUUGAUCUUGCGUUCAUAAAGAACGGUUUCCUCUAUCACACUAAAUAUGACACUCCGGGGAGAAUCCACAACGACUCCAUCCAGAGAGCAGGCGACAACAUCCUGUCUGUGCUCAAGCACCUGGUGAUGUCAGACGAGCUGGCGGAUCCCUCUGAGUAUCGUCAUGGUAACAUGGUGUUCUUUGACCUGCUGGGAUUGAUGAUGGUGGUGUAUCCCGCUCACAUCGGCACCAUCAUCAACUACGUAGUGGCCGUCGCCACGGUGAUCUACCUGGGCGGGAAAUGCUUGUUAACUAGAAGUGCUGCUGUAAGAAGGUCUCUCUCUGUGUCAGGGUGUAUUGGGGGGCGUCACAUGAUCUGCGCAGUGGGCCGGUUCAUGCGUGAUCUGGUGUGUGGGGUGUUUGUGUUGGUCUUCAGCUGGUUCAUCUCUCUGCUGGUGGCUCUGCUGGUGGCUUGGCUCGUCACGCUGAUGGGCCGCUCCAUGUUCUGGUACAGUCACUCGUACGCCGCGGUCUUCCUGUACGGACCCGUCACCGUCAUCGUUCUCCUGCUGGUCCACGCCCUGCUGAAGAGCCGCUGCUGCAGGUGUGCGGGUCAGAGGAUGAGUGGUGUGGAUCUGGCCGAGCUCUUCUUUGACAGCAGUCUGCUCGUGUGGGGUUUUGUGCUGCUCUUCUUCACUCACCGCGGCUGGUGUUCGGCGUAUGUGCCCAUGAUGAUGGUGCUGUUCCCGCUCAUCACCAAACUGCUGCUCGCUAAGCUCUUCAGAGCCAGAGGAGCGUCUCUGCAGUACUCUGUUCUGUACCUGGUGGGUCUUUUUUUGCCGUAUAUCUACAUCUUUUCCCUCAUUUGGGUGAUUUUUGACGUCUUUACACCCAUCCUGGGCCGCAGCAAAGACGUAAUCCCACCAGACUUCAUCAUGGCCUCACUUGUUACCGUGGCGACUGUAAUAAUGUCUUCCUAUUUUAUUCAUUUCAUCUAUCUGUCUCACAGCACGAAGCGGGUCUUGGCUGUUCUGGGGUCAGAGUUCACGCUGAUGUUUGUUCUGGUCGGCUGUGGUCUGUUCUUCCCGUAUUCUGGCGACCCGUCCGGUCCACGACCCAAACGAGUCUUCAUCCAGCACGUCACCGUGCGUCAGCACACACUGAACGGAUCUCUGCAGAGCUCUGACUCGGGGUUCUGUAUCAGUGAUCUGGAUUACACCGACAUGCAGCACAUCUCUCCACACAUCCCUCAGAUCAACGACAGCCUCUACACACGCUGUCUGGACCUGCUGCCCUACUACGGCUUCCCAAGGAAGAGCUGGUAUCUUCCGGCUCCUGAAGUCUCUCCGAAAGCUCCGCUGGAGAUCCAGCUCUUAUCCAGACAGCAGACUGAAAGAGGAACCGUUAACAUGACCUUUGAGGUCAAAGGUCCGAGUCACAUGACUCUGCAUCUGAAUCCUCACGCCGGAGUGUCUUUCAGGAGCUGGUCGUUCGACUAUUAUAUGUUCAAUUACAUCUUUUACUCUCACGGUCUCGACGCUCCGGUCUUGAGCUUCUGGAUUGAGGUCAAGCCUCUCGAGUCCUCGGACGUGUCUCCUGAAGAGGGCUUGAUCUCUCUGACCAUCUCCGCUCAUUAUAUCUCUGGUUCAGACGGCCGCUCGGAGCCGCUCGAGUCCUUCCUGAAGAGAUUCCCAGACUGGGUCUUCUCGUCCUCAUGGAUCAGCACUAAACACAAAUACAGAUACUGAGGGACGGACACACCGAUUUCCUUUUUUAUUGGGACAUUUCAUCUUUAUUCUGUUGUAAAAAGUGUAUUUUCUAUCCCCUUAUAACCCUAAAAUGACCCCUUAUGGGCCGCUUUCAUGUCAUUCUAUGACAUUCUAGUAUUUUAUUACAUUUUUGCUUAUCUUUAACUUGUUUUUGUAUUAUCCUUACUUUUACCAGGAAUAAUCACACUGAGAUAUAAAUGUGUCACGGCCUGGUGAGGUUUCAAUGAGCAAAGGCACAAGGGAUAAACAAAAAGACCUUUUAAAGAUUCAGGGAAACACUAAGGCAAACUAGACAGACUUCGUAGCAUAGACGAGAAUGGACGAAGGCUAAUGAGCAAAGGGCAACUUAUAUAUGGCUAGCAAUAAAGUGUAACUGACAAGAUACACCUGACCAGAAUAAGUAAACAAUCAGCACAAACUAGGCCACAUGGGAAACACCAGGAACAUGGGGAAUAAAAACUGUAAACAAGAGUUUAAUUCAAGUGAAUUAAAAAUAACGUGUGGCUGUGAAGAA